AUCAUUCCAGGUGAGCGUAUCUUGGGUUACCCCGAGGAACCGUGUUAUCUUUGGUUUGUUAUGGAGUUCUGCGACGGCGGCGACCUCAACCAGUAUAUCCUCUCGCGGCGGCCUGAUCCGCGGACCAACCGUAGUUUCAUGAAGCAGAUGACCAGCGCUGUGGCCUUCCUCCAUAAGAACAACAUCGUCCACCGGGACCUCAAACCAGACAACAUUCUCAUCUCGCAGAAAUCCGGCGACCCGGUCAUCAAGGUCGCUGACUUCGGCCUCAGCAAGGUUUGCGCGGGACUCAGCUGCAUGGAGAGCGAAGGCGACAACCAGGUGAACAAAAACAUGGUGAACAUUAACAAAUUCUGGCUGUCGUCAGCGUGUGGCUCUGACUUCUACAUGGCUCCGGAGGUGUGGGAGGGCCACUACACUGCCAAAGCGGACAUAUUCGCACUCGGCAUCAUCAUUUGGGCCAUGAUCGAGCGGAUCACGUUCAUCGACGCCGAGUCCAAGCGAGAGCUCCUCGGCACGUACAUCCGCCAGGGGACCGAGAUCAUCCCGGUGGGCGAGGCCCUGCUGGAGAACCCAAAGAUGGUCCUGAACAUCCCGCAGAAGACGCGGAGCAUCAUGUCUGAAGGCGUCAAGCGGCUUCUGCAGGACAUGUUGGCGGUGAACCCGCAGGACCGGCCUGAUGCGUCUCAGUUGGAGGUUAGAAUGGACCAAGUGACAUGAGCGGUGUAAGCCGCACCCAUUGGCCGAAACGAGCACUCUAAUUUUUCAGGUGGGUUGCAAUUUCUUGGUUUUGUUUUAGAUGCUGUAUUCACCA